UAACGUUUGUUGAGAAUUUAGAGUUGCUCAAUGUGCAUCAUUUAAACAGAUAAUAACACAUUGGAAGAACUGCACCAGAAAUGACUGUCCUGUGUGUCUGCCAUUAAAGCAUGCCCAAAAGACAGACAGGACUGGGCAGAAUCCAGCAAAUCCAAGUGCAUCUGGAAAAGUGCUAGUGGCAUAUAGGCAAUCCCCAGAAUAACUUAUUGGCAGGGUUCACAAAUCCACCUGGUAUGGAUCGGCAGAAGUCUCAGCAGAUAGCAGCUAACACAAACAGUGGUUCUAAGGAAUGGCAUCAAAGUGUGACGCAGGACCUAAGAAAUCACCAUGUCCAUAAAUUAGUUCAAGCAAUAUUUCCUAAUCCGGACCCUGCUGCACUUACAGAUAAGAGAAUGAACAACUUAGUGGCCUAUGCUAGAAAAGUGGAAGGAGAUAUGUAUGAUACUGCAAAUAGCCAGGAGGAGUAUUGCCAUUUGGUGGCUGAAAAGAUUUAUAAAAUCCAGAAAGAACUGGAAGAGAAACGGUUGUACCGUAUACAGCAUGGCACUGGGGGAGCUACAAAUAUUCCAGAAGCAAGACAGAGACCGUCAUCUGGAAUAAGUGCUAGUGGCAUAGGCAAUCCCCAGAAUAACUUAUUGGCAGGGUUCACAAAUCCACCUGGUAUGGAUCAGCAGAAGUCUCAGCAGAUAGCAGCCAACACAAACAGUGGUUCUAAGGAAUGGCAUCAAAGUGUGACGCAGGACCUAAGAGAUAACCUUGUUGUUAAAAGGGUGGCUCAGAAGACCAUUGCUGAAUUAGAGGAGAAAUCAAGAAGAAGGCCAACUCCAUACUCAGGAAGCCUAAUGGCCAAGGUCAUUAAGAUUGGACAUGUGGCUGAUGGUGGUGAUGAUGCAGAGUUGAUCAACUUUAGCUUGGCUGAUAAAUCUGGGGCAAUCCUAGCUACAUGCACAGACAAAAGUAAAGAGAGGAAGAUUAAAGAAGGGAAAACUUUGCAUAUUAGAGAGUUCAUCAUUAAGAACGGAAAAGUUGUCAUGUCAUAUAAAACAAAAGUCAUGGUGACGACAAAUAUGGACAUUCCAGUUGCCAUGAUUGAAAAAGCAGAACACCUUAUUUUCCCUACAUCCCCAAUCAAAAAGGUAGAGGAGCUUUUGGCGUCACCAUUGGGAACAAUAUCAACUGUACAGGGACAGCUCUCAAAGAUUGAAUCUACUAAAACAGUAAAAGUCAAUGGAACAGAUACGCUGAUCAGAACAAUAAGUAUAGAGGAGAACGGGAAAAAGAUAGAUGUCACCCUGUGGCAUGAGAUGGCUGAGGAAGACCUGAAAAUUGGGCAAUACCUGUCCAUAUCACACUGUAUAUUAAAGGAGUGGCAGUUACAGAAAACCUUGAACACAACACUUUAUUCCAAGAUUCAGAUACUAACUCCGCCAUUGACAACAACUGUGAGAGGUAGCAUUGACUCAUUAUCACUUGGUGAGGUUUCAAUGGAGAUUGCACUUAAAGAACGUUCCAAAGCAAAAUAUAAAGACUUCUCUGUGGAAUUGUCCCUUAUAAGAACCAUAUUUCCAGAAACACAACACACAAGAAAUGAACAAUUGGAAGAGUACCUCAUUGAAAAAUUACCGAUUGAGGUGGAGCUCAUAGCACAAGGGUCAUCUGUGCAAAAUAUGAGAUUGAUUUAGCAGACAACAAUGAACUAUACCCUUAGGCUUGAAACCUCCUUUGAUGAACUAAGAAAGACCCGUCCAGUAAAUAAUUAAGAAUGUUCAACUCCUAUAAGAAACAUUUAAAGUUUGACCUAUGUGAUGCUGCUGAAAUUUCUGAUUAAAUGCUUUUGCUACUUUUUGACAUGUACACAUAGUUUCACUAUUGCUGUGCAAUAGUAAAGUAACAUGGCUGUAAUUAACAUGUUCAUGUACCUGUAAUAUUCUGCCAUGAGUAUGUAGAUUUUAUAAUAUUUUUGUAUGAUUUAAAAAAACAUGUCGUAAAAGGUUUUUUGUAUGUGUUUUUGGGUUUUUUUGGUGGCAUAUUUGCUGGUAUGAAUCUUUAGUAUGUGUGUGGGCAUGCUUCUGUGUGUUGAUUUUUUAAUGACUGUAAAGUUAUAACUGAGGAUUAUCCUAACAUCAAGUUUCAAAUUAUGAGAUGCACAUAUGUAACCGUUCAGCUUUACUUUUAUUUAUUUCAUUAACCUUUGACUUUCUCAGUAAAACAAAUUACUUUUAUCAGAAAAAAAUGUGGUUUAUUUGAAAUGAUCUUGCAAAACCUGAACACAAGAAUAUGACUGUUUGCUUUUGGACACAAAUGUCAUUUUUUGUAUUUUCUAUUUUCAAUUUAUUUUUCAUUGUUUUUCGGCAAGAUUCAUAUAAACCUUUGUAAAUUUAUAAGUAGAUUUCCUUGUUGCAAUCUUUGAUUCACACAUAAGAACAUCUUGUUAUUUUCUUGUAUGCAUUUGAAAAAAUAUUACGCAUUUGUGUAGCAGAAGUUUGCAUAUUUAUUGUGAAUAUUAACUGAUACAUUUGUAAUGUACCAAAAAUACACUUGUACUUUUA